AUGGCUCACAGUACUCACACUAAUGGCCACAUGAUCUCUUCUCCUUUCUCCAAAAACUCAUUUUCAGGGGAAGAGCGUGAAAUCCAGAAGAACUACUGGAAAGAGCACUCUGUUGGAUUGAGCGUUGAGGCCAUGAUGCUCGAUUCCAAAGCUGCCGACCUCGACAAAGAAGAACGACCUGAGAUUCUUGCGCUACUUCCACCGAUUGAAGGUAAAACGGUGCUGGAGUUUGGAGCUGGCAUUGGCCGUUUCACUACUGAAUUAGCUCAGAAGGCCGGCCACGUCAUUGCGGUUGAUUUCAUUGACAGUGUCAUCAAAAAGAACGAAGAGAUUAAUGGACACUACAAGAACGUCAAGUUUAUGUGCGCUGAUGUCACAUCCCCGGAUAUGAAGUUCUCAAAUGACUCCAUGGAUCUUAUCUUCUCCAACUGGCUCCUUAUGUAUCUCUCUGACAAAGAGGUUAAAGAUUUGGCGAAAAAGAUGAUACAGUGGACGAAGGUUGGGGGUUAUAUUUUCUUCAGGGAGUCUUGCUUCCAUCGGUCUGGUGAUAACAAGCGCAAGUACAACCCAACACACUACCGCGAACCAAAAUUUUACACAAAGCUUUUCAAAGAAUGCCAUAUGGAUGAUGAUCUUGGGAACUCGUACGAGCUCUCUUUGGUUAGCUGUAAGUGCAUUGGGGCUUAUGUGAGAAACAAAAAGAACCAAAACCAGAUAUGCUGGCUCUGGCAGAAAGUCAGUUCCGAUAAUGAUAGAGGCUUCCAACGCUUCUUGGACAAUGUCCAGUAUAAGUCUAGUGGUAUCUUACGCUACGAGCGUGUCUUUGGACAAGGGUUUGUGAGCACUGGGGGUCUCGAGACGACAAAGGAGUUUGUGGAUAAGCUGGAUCUGAAACCAGGCCAGAAAGUUCUUGACGUUGGCUGUGGAAUUGGAGGAGGAGACUUCUACAUGGCUGAGAACUUUGACGUGGAUGUUGUGGGGAUUGAUUUAUCUGUGAACAUGAUCUCUUUCGCACUGGAACACGCGAUAGGACUCGAAUGCUCUGUAGAGUUCGAAGUAGCUGAUUGCACCAAGAAGGAGUAUCCAGAUAACACCUUUGAUGUUAUUUACAGCAGAGACACCAUUCUCCACAUCCAAGACAAGCCAGCAUUGUUCAGAACAUUCUACAAAUGGUUGAAGCCAGGAGGGAAAGUUCUCAUAACGGAUUACUGCAGAAGCCCUAAAGCUCCAUCUCCAGAUUUUGCAAACUACAUUAAGCAAAGAGGUUAUGAUCUUCAUGAUGUACAAGCAUACGGUCAGAUGCUGAAAGAUGCUGGAUUCGAUGAGGUAAUCGCAGAGGAUAGAACUGAUCAGUUCAUGAAAGUCCUGAAACGGGAGCUGGACGCUGUGGAGAAGGAGAAGGAAGGAUUCAUCAGUGACUUCUCGAGAGAGGAUUACGAGGAUAUCGUUGGUGGAUGGAAGUCAAAGCUACUCAGGAGCUCAAGUGGUGAGCAGAAGUGGGGUUUGUUCAUCGCCAAGAGAAACUGA